AUGGGAUCAGCACGUGCAAAAGAUGCAGCAGAAGCACGACAGCAGCAACCAAACAAGAUUCCUGUUGUGAUUGAGCGAUUUGAGGGGGAGAAAUACUUGCCACUUUUGGAUCGGUGUAAAUUUCUGGUGCCAGAUCACAUAACAAUUGCCGAAUUAAUGCAAAUUGUGCGAAGACGAUUACAGCUUCAUCCGGAUCAAACUUUCUUCCUCCUAGUCAAUGAGAAAUCAAUGGUAUCAAACAGUAUGAACAUGUAUCAGCUAUAUCAGCAGGAAGCAGACCAAGAUGGCUUUCUGUAUAUGGUUUACACCAGCCAACCGGCAUUUGGUAGCAUCACAUGAGCGUAAAUAUCUACGCAUUUGUUACCUCUGCAAAAUUUUCGGAAUUUUUUUUAUUUAAUUUCAUUUUGAUACUCAGCAAAAGUUAAUGCAUCUGUAACGCAAAACAUAGUCCUGUACAAAAAAUAUUUAAUAGAAAUGUUAUUGUGAUCAAUAUUUCUAUACGAAAAUGUUUGUUACUUUUUUAUUCCUGCUUUUAUAUCUUUUGUGACAUUUUCCUUUCUCUAUAUGCGAAAUUCGGUUGUUUUGGCUUCUUUACCAUUGUGAUGGUACUGUUUGCGUUAAUUCAUGAAUUAAAGAAUCGCUGUAUGAAGUUAUUCCUUUUCCUCUGCUACAGUAUGUUCUGGAUAAUGCCGACAAAUGAAAGUCUUGCACGAAUUGUUAUUAGA